AUGGUCUUUCUUCGCUCAGCUCUGCUCUUGAGCACGGCCCUCUGCGCCGUUGCUCAGAAUACAACACUUAAAGUAGCAGACCUUGGGGAUGUGACGUACCAGUCCGACGUCAAUCUUGAUGUUGGUGUCACCAGCUUUCUUGGGAUACGAUAUGCCGCGCCUCCUAUAGGCGACCUGCGCUUCCGAGCACCACAGGCUGCAGAGGUUACAGGCAGCCUCAACGCAACAGCUCAACCCGACGAAUGUUGGCAAGGGAACCCUGGUUCCAAUGCGACAACACCAUACCGGUUGAGCAAACGUGACGUGGCUGCGCAAAAUGAAGAUUGUCUCUUCCUGAAUGUGCACGUUCCGACUGACCUGGACCUGAGCUCUGGUGCCAAACUACCAGUGAUCGUGUGGAUUCAUGGGGGAGGCUACGUCGUUCAGAGUGUCAGCAUGUUCAAUCCGGUGGAGACCUUCGUGCGCAACUCCAACUAUAGCGUCAUCUCCGUUCAGAUGCAGUACCGACUUGGCCCCUUCGGUUUCAUAUCCGGCCAGGCAGUGGCUACCGAUGGGGAUCUGAACAUUGGUCUCCUUGACCAGCAACUCGCGCUACAAUGGGUCCAGGAUAACAUUGCCGCCUUUGGCGGAGAUCCCAGCCAAGUCACAAUCUACGGCGAGUCGGCCGGCGCAGGAUCAGUUCUGCAACAUAUUGUCGCUCAUGGUGGGAACACCCAACCACCCCUCUUCCGCGCUGCUAUGAUGGACUCUCCCUUUUUGCCUUUCCAGUACGCCUACAAUGACCCUAUCAACGAGGUCAUCUUUGCGAACCUUUCUGCGCAAGUCAACUGCCCGGUCUCAAACUCCUCGUUGGAGUGUCUGCGGUCUGUCGAUGCCGCAACUCUCGCUCAAUACGCGAACGAUGUAGAACUCGCGAACUUCUUCGGAGUGUACACCUAUGUACCAGUCGUGGACGGAAGCUUCAUUGUCGAGCGCCCUACCGUCACUCUAGGAAAGAACAAAACCAACUCGGACACCUUGCUGGUUUUCACCAACGCCCACGAAGGCGAUAUCUUUGUGGAUCUGGAUGGUCUCGCAGAGACGAACGCGACGUUGGAAUCAUACAUCGCGAAUCUCUUCCCUCGUAUGAACAGCACAUCGAUUACGCAGGCUGCCAACAUCUACUCCACCUUGCCAGAAGGUUUGAACGCCAGCGCGGUUCCUGCGCAGGCAGCCUAUGUCAUGGGAGAAGCUAUAUUUGUCUGCCCAGCGUACUAUACUCUCGAGGCAUUCGAAGAUAACGCUUGGAAAGCUGAAUUCGCUGUACCUCCCGCGCUCCACGGAGACGAGCUGUACUAUGUGUUCGCUGACAAUGCAUCUUCCAUCGGGUGGCCCGCGUUCAACAACAGCGACCUCAUAAGUGCGAUCCAACAGUCAAUAUUCUCGACCGCGAUAUCUCUCGACCCAAAUGCGCAUGAAGUGUCUACCAUCACUCCCGAAUGGCCGUCCUGGACCAAAUCCGGGCAGGUUAUGCUAUUCAACGAGACUGAGGCUGAACAGCCGGAGGUGAAGCUUGUCGGGCCCGACUCGGCUCAACUUAAGCGCUGCGCCUUCUGGAGGUCUCUGAGUGAUGUCAACGCUCAGUGA